AUGAACGGCCGGGACAGCUCGAGUGCCACGUCCCAGUCGUCCUACCAAGUCGUGCAGUCGCCCUCACCGGACCAACCGCUUUGGAUCAAGAUGAAGCGACGUCAUUACGCCAACAUUGCGAGUCUCCGGGGCCAAUUGCCCCGCUAUUGGCACUGGAUCCAAGUCCUCGACAACUCGUUCUUUGCCCGGCAACUCAUGCGGGCAGGCAUGGUCCUCUCCGCUUGCCUGAUUGCUGGCUACCUCUUCUAUCGAGCGUUCGUCCAGCCCUGGCUGGAUGACCACAUGCACGCGGACGACUACGAAGACUGCGAUUGCGUCGCGACGUUCUCCUACCUCAUUUACAAGACGUUGCCAGCGACCAUUGUCUUGACCUUACCAGGCUCCGGCCUUGGGCUGUUCAAGCCUUUCCAGCGGGAGGAAGCAAGGCCAGGUGGACCAGCCAGUCGAGCAAGCGGUACACAGGCCAAUAGUGUGGAAACCGAGCGGGACUGCGCACGAGUUGCGACGAUUCGACGCUGUUUCGUCUUUCAACUGUGUGAAGUCCUUGCAGUGCUCAUGCUUUUCGUCGAUGCUGGACUGGUGCUCUAUUUCCUGUAUGUGCUCUCUACAGGAGCGCUGAGUUCGUGCUCGAGCUUUGUUACCCAGGCGUUCACUGUCGGUGCCGCGUUUUGCUACUCCGGGUUGUUCACCGUGCUCUACUAUUUCGCGCGAUACCGGGAACAUAUCAAGAUGCAGCUUGGGGCGUUCACGGAAAAUGACCAAACCGGGGACUUCCGAAAGCAGGUUCGCUUACGGUCGCACCAGAAACUCGAUACGGCCAAGAAAAUGAUUGCAGUCGUCCGAACGCGACUGUAUCAUGCCACCCGUCGAGGUGAUCUCCACGAAAUGCGCGAGAUUCUCGAGUAUGCCAACGAAAAUGGACUCAUGCAUCGCACUAUUGGGUUUCCGCAGCGAUUCUAUGCUGCUCCACGGAUUCGCUGGAAAUUCUUUGCGCGAUCGACAGAGAAUCCCGUGCAUGUCGCUGCGAGUCUCGGGAAUAUCCGGGCGCUGAAGCUCCUGGAUGGAUACGGAUUUGAUAUGACUGCUCUGGACAAAAUCCAGCGCGUUGCAAUCUCAACGGGUGGUCUCUUUUGGCAGUUCGUGCAGGUGCUUGUCAAACGUCCAGCUGGGAGCGAUUCCGAAUCUGCCGAGUCGAUCUUUCACACGAACCUCGUGACCCCACUGCAUUGUGCCGUUGCAAUGGGACAAUUGGCAACAGUUCGGUGGCUACUGGAACGAGGGGUCCCACCUGGGACACUCGCAAAAGCAUCGUAUCGAUCGAAUUGCAUCCCCCCUCUUUUCCUUGCUGAACAUGCUGAAAUCGCUCGAGAGUUGCUGCUUCAUGGUGCGGACCCGUUGGUGAUUCCUGAUCCGGGUUACAUGAAUACGAUCACGCCAGUUCAACUUGCUUAUAUCCGUGGCAAUUUUGCGGUUGCUCGUGAACUGGAGGAAUGGGGCAGCGACGUCGCACUUACACCGUUUCACCUGGCUGCGGCUCGCAAUGAUGUGGCUGCAGUACGACGAUUCGUAGCAUGGAAGACGGAUGUGAAUUGUUUGGGAGAAAUGGGAUAUGUUGGACUCAAUCGACGCACUCCGUUGCACUGGGCAGCUAUCAGUGGAUCAACUGGGGCUGUCGACGCUUUAUUGGAAGGACGAGCCGACCCGAACUUCCAGGACGUCCGUGGUCGCUCGCCGUUACAUUGGGCAGCUCAGCUCAACAAACUGGACGUCGUUCGAUCGCUGCUUCGUGCCAAUGCUGAUCCAAACUUACUCGACCGCGACUUCAAGACACCGCUCAUGUGUGCUGCCUCUGCACGAAAUGUAUCUCGUGAACUUUUCAGUGAGCUGACGGCUGCAGGAGGUAAUAUUAGCUACCAGCUUCCAACAACGGGUGACACUGUACUGCAUGUUGCUGUACGUGAGGAGAAUGAGGCAUCGGCUCUGGCAGCGUUAGCAUGUGGGGGUGAUUUGAUGCGCAUGAACAAUGAAGGAUUGCGUCCGCUCGAUUGCACGCUCUCAACGCGGCUGCUCUUUGGACUCAAACGCGCUGCGGGUCAGCGGGAUGUGAUGAUCAGCUACACGCACUCGCACCAAGAGUUUGCGCUGAAGCUGAGACAGUCACUGGAGGAAGCCAAUGUCACGACGUGGUUGGAUCUAAUGGACCCGAGUGGUAUUGGUGGCGGUGCCGUUUGGCGUGAGGAGAUAGCACGUGGAAUCAAAAAUGCGUCUGUAGUGCUCUGUAUACUCACAGAGGACUACGCGGCUUCCGAAUGGUGUUUAAAGGAGCUAGCACUGGCCAAGCAGGUGGGUACACCCAUCUUGGCCGUCUCGACCGAAGGUGCUAGUAUUGACGAUGACUUGCAAGUGUACCUGUACACGCGUCAGAUCGUUCCAUUUGAACCUGCUAUAACCGGUGUCCGAUGUGACGAAGGGCGAGUGGAGUAUGAUUAUGAGGAAAGCCGAUACCGAUUCCAGUUCCACUUGCUGCUAGAUGGUGUGCGGGACGAGAUUGAGAAAAAUCGUCAUGUCACUCGACGCAACAACGUGGCUAGCAGUCGUCGAACUGACCUCGGUAUGGAGCUCGAAAGUGGCAGCAACCGAGGCACGAUGCUUCAGACAUUCAGUGCUACACAACUUUCCCAAGGAACCGAUUCCUGCAGCCUUACGACGCUCUCCGUUUCGCAUGGCCGCCGAUUUGUGUUCCUCUCGCACGGUGACAAGCAUGUAGCUUUUGUGCGUCAAUUGGCAUUGCAGCUCACGGAUGGAGGGAUUGCUUGCUAUAGCGACCAAAAUCGCAGUGGACAGGAUUUUAACGCGAGGAUUCAAGUCGCACAAGAAGCGAUCAUGCGCUGUUCGUGCUUUGUGGUUCUAGUAUCGAGACAGACGAUUGGGAAUGAACUCGUGCGCGAUCAAUUGGCCUUUGCAGAGGACAAAGGGAGACCGAUUUUUCCUGUGGUCCUAAACGACCUAGAACCGGGACUCGACAAGCUAUACACGCUUGUACGCAGUGACCUUUUCCACUUCAUGGCGAAUGGAGCGGGCUUCAAUGCUAGUUGUAGCAAGCUGAUGAGUGAUCUUCGUCACUACUGCGACAUUAUUGAAGCAGUUGGAUCGGCCGGAGGCAGUGAUUCUGAGAACAUUCGGAACUUGUGGACUACACUGAAGAGCUCGAGGAAGGCAUAA